AUGCUCUUGACAGCACAAACCAAAUUGCAGUUCAAACCUGAAGACCAGCCCGCGAUGGAUCGUAGACUUCGAAACUACAGCUUCAAAAGUCUCCCGGCUCCCAAGAAAAGCGCCACGGCAUGGCUGCGAAGACAUCCGAUGGAGUGCAUCGUGUGGGCUGCAGCGCAAGCCAGGGCAUGCAUGACAUCAGAUUCAGAGGACGAGCUAAGUGAUGAGGAAAGCGCAGAUGACGGAGUAUUGGCAGCGACAGACAAAGAACAGAUUCGCGCGUUGUGCAUGGACGAGGUACUGGACGAACGUGAUGGUUCACCUGUCGAAGUGAGUGUGCAGGGUGCAACGGACGAGACUGAGGAUGAUUCGGACGCGAGUAGUCAGAAUGACCAGACCAUCAGUGCAUUGAGACGAGUUAUGGAGCAGUGCUCUCAGACGUCCCUCCGACACCGCCAAGUUUCAGCCAUGUUGCAAGCGCGACUCAGCGAGCGAGACAGACAGAGGCAGGCAGAGGAAGCGGUGUACCGACGCAGACAGGAAAAUCUCUUGUCGAAAGGAGUCGCACGCGAACAUGUGGCCCUACUUCCAAGGGAUACAUCGGAACCCAUGCCGACACAAAUUGAAAAUGAUCUGACAGCCUUCAGGCAGCAGACUCUCCAAGAAGACUUGAAGAGAAAGCGAGAAAGAGCACUUGCCGCCUUCCAAACACCCUGGCUACUAGAAAUGGAGCAAGAACUACACAAGCUGACCAGGACCCUAGAGAUGUCAGACAUGAAUCAGGAGAGAAGGACGUCUAUGGAGGCCUAUCGCGAGGUCUUGCAAGAUAAGCUGAGGCAGUUUCACGAGAACUAUGGUACGGCCGGUUGCCAUUUCGCCCUGGAGCAACGAAAGCGAUCAUGCGUCACCCUGGGUCUCCUGAAGAAAGAGCAAAGGUUUCUUGUCACCAGCCUCUUCCAAGUCCUGCCGACCGAAGACGAGUCGGGCGAAUCUUUCAGAUCGGAUGGUCACAGAGAUGGAAGCACCACCCACAAAGAAUCCUUGGAUGCGGCACCUUCAAUUACAGGCACACUUGCAGUCACCUCAGUGCAAGGCACCACCUCAGAGAACGAGAUUAGCAGUGACGAAGACGUCUUCAUAACGCCAUUGCCGCGCUCGCAAACGUCCAGUACAGCCCCUCCCAGGUGUCACCGACGAGCCACUACCACUGACUCCAGGAAGCGAAGGGGUGCCUCCUCGAGCCAGCAAAGCAAGAGAAUCAAAACAUUUCGUCAAACAAACAAAAUAGAUAACUAUUUCUCAAGUCAAAAUUAG